AAUCGUCUCAUUACUUAUCUGUGGGGCGUCCUCAGCUCCACAUGAAAGGUAGAUUUAAUGUGUGUGUCAACGGAUAGAGGCCUCCAAGUGAGUAAUGUGCCUGUCCUCUCAACUUCAGGCCUACCUGCAACAAGCCCAAGACCUGGUCAUUCUUGAGAGCAUAAUACUCCAGACCUUGGCUUUUGAAAUCACCAUUGAUCAUCCUCAUACUCAUGUCGUCAAGUGCACUCAGCUUGUCAGAGUUGUUCCAGCAAGUAAGGAUCUUGCUCAAACAUCAUACUUUAUGGCCACUAACAGUCUUCACUUGACCACGUUCUGCCUGCAGUACAGUCCGCCGGUCGUGGCCUGUGUGUGCAUCCAUCUUGCCUGCAAAUGGUCCAACUGGGAGAUCCCUGUGUCCACAGACGGCAAACACUGGUGGGAGUACGUGGAUCCCACAGUUACCCUCGAGCUGCUGGAUGAGCUCACACAUGAGUUCCUGCAGAUUCUGGAAAAAACACCCAGCCGGUUGAAACGGAUUCGCAACUGGAAGGCUGGAGGUCAGACCCCAAAAGCCAAGCCAAAAGUCCAAGAGGAGGGGGACCAGAGGGACACCAUGAUGAGCAUGAUCUCUAUGGCGUCAUCAGAGAGCACCUUGGCAGGGUUGAUGAGCCUCUCGGCUCCACCUUCCGCCUCCUCUUCCUCAUCCACCGUUGACAAGGACCGGGGUGACUCUGGCAGCGCCCCGACUUGGAGUGGCAAAGGCCAGGCUGGAUCCGAGCAGCAGCCCAACGAUGUUCACGUCCCAGCUAAGGUGUCGCUGAGUGAGUACCGGGCCAAGAACGCAGACGUCCUGGCUGCCCAGAAGAGAAAGCUAGAGAACAUGGAGGACAGCGUGAAGAGGAACUAUGCCAACGCUGCCCAGGCCCUCAUUGGUCAGCAGCAGAGGAAGGAGAAACAGCCACAUCACCACCAGCAGUCCAGCUCCUCCGCCUCUGACAACCCGUCGCCCAUAAUUCUGAAAAUCCCCCUGGAGAAAGAGAGGCACGAGAGGACCUCUCUCAAAAUGCGCUUACCCCUAGCAGGGGGGGGAGGAGGCGGCGGACAUAGUGGAGGCGCCCGAGGUCAUGAACAGGACAUCAAAGUCAGAAUACGAGUGCCUGAGAAGCAAAGGGGGAGUUCGGGUGAGGAGGGCAAGAGCAAGGACAAGCACAGGGACCGGUCUAACCACCACCACCAUUCCUCCUCUACGGGUGGCUCGCUGUCCUCUUCACACAAACACUCAUCUAGUUCUAGUGGGGCUGUCGGAGGCAGCAAAAAAGUCCCCAGCGACUCUUCUAGAAUGAGCUCUUCGUCCUCUUCUGCAUCACGUAAGAGGACGCACUCCCAAGAUCCCACAGCAGGCACUCACCCUGCCUCUAAAGCCAGCAAGUCCUCUAGGAAUCCCUACCAGCUGCCGUCCCUUUCUUCCUCCUCUGGGCAAACUCUGGGCCACGGCCCUGACAUUCUCCCCGCCCUGGGCCUCCCCCACCACCAAGGGAUCUAUCCGCACCCCAAAGGUGACAAGACAGACACUAAUGGGCACGGUGCAGCUGGCGGAGCCCAGUCAAACGAGUACCAGGACACUUUUGAAAUGCUGAACUCACUUCUGAGUGCACAGGGGGUCCAGCCGUCCCAGCCGUCCAUGUUUGACUACAGAUCCCAAUAUGGGGAGUACCGUUACAGUGGCUCCAGAGGGAUCAACCCCAGGCCCCCGCCCCUCCCGUCAGAACCGCCUCCCCCGCUGCCACCGUUACCCAAAUAAGAUCCUCAUCAGGAGACAUAUUAUAUACAUUUUACUUGACAUCCCGGACAUCCAUCAUGUUACAUAAAGUAUUGUAUAAUGUUAUUUUUUAAACUAGCCCAACUAUUUUUUACAGGCUUCAGUGACAGCAAUGAAAUGUACUGCUGAGAUAAAUGAGUUUGCAACCUUUUUUUUCUUUUUACAUGUGUGGGGCAAUAAUGAGAGGCUUUAAAAGCUUGCAAAAUGUGAGGGGGGGGGGAAUACAGGAAAGUGUAGAUAAUAUCUUUUGCUCUUCUGUUUUACUCGUACAAAAUGUGAUGAUGGGACCUGGUAAGUUUAGCGUCGCUGUUUUGGAAGUCGUCUUGAAAUCAUGAGGAAACUCAAAUAUUUCCAUCACACGUACCUUUUAGGUCUUCUUACCAAUUGUUUUUUAUAAUGUUUUUACAGUAUGUUAUUUAUUAAUCGAAUGCUUUAAAAAAACAAAAAAAACAUAGUCCCCUUUUCUACCUUUUUUAAGGUUCUCCCUUUGUUCUUUUUUUGGCAGAGGGAUAUUCAUCAAGACUGUACAGGCUAGUUUGAGAGUGCAUGUCUCUAAAGCCAUCUUUUCAAUGUUUUUGUCUUAUUUUUCUUUUUUAAAUAUUUUCCUCCUUAUAUUUUUAAACAGCCAUAACCUAAAAAAAUAAAUAGGUGAGUGCCCAUCCCUGGUAUUUAUCAAAUGUAUUUCCUUCAUUAUUUGAUGAACUUGUACAAAGACUGUAUAAUGUUGAAAACAAACAUGAAAUAUUUUUUACAUUUUGUUAUGAAAAAGUGCAAAAAAAAAGAGUUGUAAAUUAAGUAAGCUUGUACUUUUUUGUUUUUAGAUUUUGAGUGUUGCAGUCAUUGUUUUAAAUGGUUGUAAAAUAUUCAUAUUCAGUUCUCAAAUGAUUACACUAAUGGACAAAGUCCAUACCAAGGAUAUCCAUCUAUUCAAAGAGUUCAGUCAUAUCUACAUGGUCAAAAUGAAGGAAUUGCCAACAAAA